ACAACUUCACAUUCUUUCCCCCUUGUCAAAGCCACCCACCAAACCUUAGCUAGCUUAUUAUCUAUUCAGGAAGAAGCGGGUUUUAUUAGCUUAGCUAGCUUAUAGUGCUAAAAUCUAUAUAGUGAAAAAAUGGCGUCGGUCAACCCGUUUAAUCUUAGUGAUUCUGAGGAAGAGGCUGAACGGCACCCUAAAGAAACAGCAGACACGGAGAGAAGCCCGAGUGACGGGGCGCCUGGGCCACCGUCAGGCAAUCCUUUCUCUCCACCUGCAGACGCCGAACCACCGACGCUCCUGCUGUCUAGCAACCGGACGAGCCCCAGCGGUGAGGGCAUUUCGGUCUCGGUUUUGGCCACCUCCGCAAUGGCAGGCAGCACAGAGACUCGGGUAUCUGUGGAUGUUAUUGCUGCUCAGCUGUUAAGGGACCAGUACAUUCUCACUGCCCUCGAGUUUCACACCGAACUAUUGGAAGCAGGCAGAGAGCUUCCGAGGUUGAGGGAUUAUUUCUCAAACCCUGGCAACUUCGAGCGACAGAGCGGCACUCCGCCUGCUAAAGACCAGGUACUCGGACCUGGAGGACCACUGAAUCGAGCAGGCAGCAUCAGCACCUUGGACUCUCUGGACUUUGCCCGUUACUCAGAUGACGGCAACCGAGAGUCGGACGAGCGGGUGGCAGUGCUGGAGUUUGAGCUACGGAAAGCAAAGGAGACCAUUCAGGCUCUGCGUGCCAACUUGACUCAGGCAGCAGAAAGCGAAGUGCCCUCUCAGGAGAGAAAAAACUUCAAGUCAAGUCCUGAAAUUCAGGAGCCCAUACGCCCGCUGGAGAAAAGAGCCUUAAACUUCCUUGUGAAUGAAUAUUUAUUGAAAAAUGAAUACAAACUCUCAUCCAUCACCUUCUCUGAUGAAAAUGAUGAUCAGGACUUCGAGUUGUGGGAUGAUGUUGGCCUAAACAUCCCGAAGCCCCCUGAUCUGUUACAGCUCUACAGGAGCUGUGGCACCCCCCUCCCUUCCCCUCGGGACACUGUUGAUGUGUCAGUAGGGGUGGAUUUCGCUGAUCUUCCAGGGAACUGUAUCGCCCAGGAUCCCCCAAAGAAGCCUGACCUCUUGCAGCAGCAACAGACAGAAGUUGUCCAAGAGUUGGAGUACCAGAUAAGCCUCCUCAACAAUGAGAAGCAGAGCUUAGCUGAGCAGAUCAAGAAACUGCAGAGUGAGAUUCAGACACUGAAGAGGACUGUCUCCUCCCCACCUCCAGCCACUCUGGACCUGGGCUCCCAGAACACCCCCAACCCCUCCUGCACCAUCAACACUUCUUCCACUGACACUCUCUCUGUGCCUCCUACAGAUAACGGCCAGUAUCUGGACAUCCGGGGGGUUUCAGAGGCUGAAACUGACCCAGAGCCCCCCUCUUCACAGAACACAUCACAUCCCCACCCACAAUCCCACAACAAGCUUAAGAGUCGGCCUCCUGUCCAAUUUGAUCAACCAAACAGGAAGUUAUCCCCGGCCUUCCUGCAAGCCCUGCUCUCCUUCUGCAGAAUGUGCUCCGACAGCCGCCUGGGAGCAGAGGUGUCUCGUAUAGCAGACAGUGAGGACAGUGUGAUGCUGAUGCUGGGCCGCUGUCUCCCUCACAUCGUCCCUAAUGUCCUGCUUGCUAAACGCGAGAGAAUGGUUGCACAUCUUUGCCAGGAAUUGAUCCCACUCAUCUUGUGUACCGCCUGCCUUCACCCAGAGCCUAAAGAGAGAGACCAGCUCCUCCACAUCCUCUUUAACCUAAUCAAGAGACCAGAUGAUGAGCAGAGACAAAUGAUAUUGACAGGGUGUGUUGCGUUUGCGAGGCACGUGGGUCCCACGCGUGUUGAGGCUGAACUUCUCCCUCAGUGCUGGGAGCAGAUUAACCACAAAUAUCCAGAGAGGAGACUACUAGUGGCAGAGUCCUGUGGAGCCUUAGCACCAUACCUGCCUAAGGAGAUCCGUAGCUCCUUGGUGUUGUCCAUGUUACAGCAGAUGCUUGCUGAGGAUAAGGCUGACAUGGUCAGAGAGGCUGUGGUCAAGAGUCUGGGUAUCAUCAUGGGUUACAUAGAUGACCCUGACAAGUACUCCCAGGGAUUUGAACUGAUGCUGCUGUCGCUUGGGGACCCAUCAGAGCGAGUCAUCAGCGCAGUCCACCAGGUCUUCAUUCCUGCCUUUGCUGCCUGGACCACAGAGUUGGGUACCCUACACACUGCACUCAUCCCUUCUCUGUUGGCGCGUAUCGAGAAACUACUUAUGCAAGGAGAACAUGGUCUGGAUGAACACAAGCUACACGUGUUCCUGUCGGCCCUGCAGUCUCUCAUCCCUCCUCUGUUUGCUGUGGUGCUGCUGAACGCACCCUUCACCAGCAGAGCCAAGCUCCAGGGAGACAUACCUGCAAUAGAGGUGACCCGGUUCCCCAGGCCAGCUUCCCCCCUUCAGGACGUGGCAACCAUCAUCGGCAGCAGAGAGAUGCUGAGCGCCCUGCUGCAACUUUAUGACCACCAGCUAGAGCAUGAAGGAACCACCAGCUGGGACAGCCUGCUCUGGGUGGUCAAUCAAUUCCUUCCUCAGCUCAUAGAGAUUGUAGGUCGUAUCAACGUGACUUCAUCGACCUGCGUACAUGAGUUCUCUCGCUUCUUCUGGAGGUUCUGUCGCACCUUCGGCAAGAUUUUUACCAGCACUAAGGUUAAACCACAGUUCCAAGAGAUUCUCCGACUAUCUGAAGAGAACGUUGAUGCUUCAGCAGGGAACGAUAUUCUCACCAAAGCCACAGUCCCCAUUUAUGCCACUGGAGUGCUGACUUGUUAUAACCAGGAAGAAGAUCGCAAGUUGUUGGUGGGUUUCCUGGAGGAUGUUAUGACAACCCUGUCUUUGUCCCAUGCACCUCUCGACAGCCUGAAGGCCUCCUUUGUAGAGUUGGGUGCCAACCCAGUGUACCAUGAACUGUUGCUGACUGUUCUGUGGUACGGGGUAGUUCAUACCUCAGCACUGGUCCGGUGUACGGCAGCACGGAUGUUUGAGCUGCUGGUGAAGGGGGUGAAUGAGACGCUGGUAGCUCAGAGAGUGGUGCCGGCUCUCAUCACACUGUCCUCCGACCCUGAAAUCUCAGUGAGGAUAUCCACAAUCCCUGCCUUUGGUACCAUCAUGGAGACUGUCACACAAAAAGAGCUUCUGGAGCGUGUAAAAAUGCAGCUGGCAUCGUUCCUGGAAGACCCUCAGUACCAAGAUCAGCACUCUUUGCACAUGGAGAUCAUCAGGACGUUUGGAAGAGUCGGACCCAAUGCAGAGCCACGCUUUAGAGAUGAGUUUGUGUUGCCGCACCUUCACAAGCUGGCGCUGGCUAACAACAGCCAGGCAGCGGAGAGCAAGAGGAUUGACAUCGCCACCCAGCUGUUUGAGGCUUACAGCGCCCUCUCCUGCUGCUUCAUAUCUGAGGAAGUGAUGGUCAAUCACUUCCUGCCAGGCCUCAGGUGUCUCCGUGCUGACAUGGAGCAACUCUCCCCUGAACAUGAGGUUAUUCUGAGUUCUAUGAUAAAGGAGUGUGAAAUCAAGGUGGAAAACCGAGGAAUAGCAGAUGCACAAGGCUCCAUGUCCAUAGCCUCCAGUCUGGUAGGCGAGGAUGCCAAGACCAAGUUUCUGAGCAAGAUGGGUCAGCUGACCACCUCCGGCGCCAUGCUGGCAAACGUCUUCCAGAGAAAGAAGUGAUCGCAACGCUGACUAAUCGACCGCGGCAACUAACUGACGAGUCCCCCCCCCCCCCACCCGCUGUCUUUGGGAGCAUUUUGUUUUACUGGAAAAAGCUUUGGUUCAGGUUAAAGUAGAAGAAAACCAAGUAUAUUGUUGAUUAGGUUUCAAGAAAUGAAGGUUUGUUGAACAUUCAGAGCAGCAGGACUCGCUUCACUUUCAAGGUGAACAGCAACAUUUUUUGCAAUGAAAGCUGAGGUUUUUCCCUCUGCUCAUUUUUCUUCUCAGUAACCAUGACGAGAGCGUUGUCGAGGACUAGAGAUUUUGCUUUUUAUACAUCAGUGUUGUCAACGUUGUCAUUUCAGAAAGAGGGAAGGGAGAGCAAGAAGGAACUGAUCAGUAUUGAGAUUCAUCCAGAAAUGAUAACAAGGGACACUUGUCUCCUGGAUGUUUCUGAACUCGAAAGUAUCACUGAAUUUCAUUUCAUUUCAGUGCAUUAAUUUUCAUAUCAGAAGAGCUUCACAAGUCUCUAACGAAAACUCUGAGCACGGCCUGCUGCAUUUUAUUUAGAAUUUUAAACACCAUUUUGGGAGGAAAGAGUUGUGAGGCGGAUGCAUUCACUUGCAUUUGCUCUUGAAUUAUUGUCCCGAAAGACAACACAAUGUCUGUCAGUCUGAGUCCGUCAGGGAUACCUUGUGCAGCGUAUCCGUACGGCUCAGAAAAUAUCGCCUACUUGAAGCUAUGGAAAAGAAUUGUCUUGCCUUUAUUUCUUCAAGUCUGUGUCUGGUUUUUGUUUUGAUAGCUUCUAUUUUAUAACUUAUUUAUGUCUUAAUGAAGAAAAAAACCUUAUUCAAACUUCCAAAGAAAUUUGCACUUCACUUUACUAUUUUUUUCUUUAUUAUAUAUAUAUAUAUAUAUAUGUGUGUGUGUGUGUUUGUUUUAAUUCAGAGUCUUAUACAUAAUGAACGUUAUCACUACCGUUGAUGGAUUACUUUUUUGUUAAUUUGUUCGGCGAUGUACAGUUGAAGAGAACACUGGUCAUAAUUAUUCCCUCUCUGUCCGUUGCAUCCUGUCUCUGUGUUGCAGUGUCUCUGAUAAUUGUACUUUUGUUUUUUUUAAAGUGGGUAUUUGGUCCUAUUUUUGGUUGUUGUUCUUCUUCAAUAUGCUCUAAGAGGAACAGUAAAUACCUGUAUCAUACACUGAACUGAAGAGGAUGGUACUGAUUAUGUAUAUUUGAAAUUGGUGUCAUGGUGUAAUAAAAGAUGGAGAUCA